AUGGCUUAUGAAGGAGCCCAGGGCAACAUCGUGGUCUUUGACGACAGCGUGGGGAAUGCGGCUUUCGUUUCACACCAAUGGGUUGCACCAGACCACCCGGAUCCCGAUUUGAGGCAGAUGAAGGUGUUGCAGGAUGUCUUGAGGCGUUUCCUGACAAGCCAGGGGUCCAUCCCGGUGGACUAUGCAACAGAAAUUCACCUGCCCACCGCCAAGGGCAUCCCCUUCCAGGAGUUUCAGUCCUGCCCUUUGUUUAUUUGGUACGACUACUUUUCAGUCCCACAGCACCAUGCUGACAGACCCAACUUAGCAAGAGCCGUCAGCGCUGAAGGAAGUGCCUUACAGAUGAGGGCAAUCAACAGCAUCCCAGCCUAUGUUGUCAAGUCCCGCUACUUCUUUGCUUUGUGUCCGGUGAUCGACUGCCCUUUGCAAGGUAGGGUGUUGAACGCAAUGAGCUGGAGUAGGCGUGGAUGGUGUCGGGUGGAGAGAGCCUCACGCGAACUGUCCGAACAUGACACGUGGAUCCUCAUACAGAGUUCGACUUCUCUCCAGGUGGUGCACACGAAUCUGUCGUUUCCGGGUGCUUGCGUUGGUGAGGGUGAGUUCACCGUCAACCGUGACCGAGCAAAGCUCGCUCCAGUUAUGAGGAUGAUCCUCAGCCGAAAGUUGAGAUUGUCCCUCCAGGCUGGAGACUUUCCAAGCUUCCGCCGGCACCUGAACCUACAGAGUGUGCACUUUCGAGACCUGGACGUGGAGCCCAUUCUUCACCCAGUUCCAGGCUGCCAGCCUGAAGGUGCGCCUGGAGCUGACGCAGUGACUCAAUUUCUCCACCAAAAUGGCUUCACUCGGGUAAGUUGCCGGGACAAAGGAGGCUGGUGGCCGCUACAUUACGCAGCGCUAUCCGGGAGAAUGGAGCUGAUCGAGGGACUGCUACUGCAACGUGCGGAUCCCAAUCGGCGCACCGCCAAGGAUGAACCGUGGGUGUCGGCCCUUGACUUGGCAGUCUUCUACAAACAUAACCAGGUGGCACAGCUUCUCAUUGCUGCCAAGGCUAGACUUGCAGGAGGGCUUUUCCCAGCCCUACACCAGGCAGCAAUGGCUGACAACCCAGAAGGCAUCCGCCUCCUUUGCCGAGCAGGCAGUGAUGCCCUUGCUAGCAACUGGGCUUUUCUAGGAACCUUAGAGAUGGCUUCGUCCUACGGUGCUGUUUAUGCCAUGGAGGAGCUGCUCCAGCAAGCUCAGCAUGACCCGCUGGCACUCUCAAGGGCUCUCAUAGGGGCUUCAUCCUUUCGUGGUGGCUCUGCAGAGAUCGUGGAGCGAUUGCUGCGCAUGAGAGCUGAUGUGGACUUCCAGUGGGAUAAUCAUCGCGACUUUACGAAAGUUGGCUGUCUGGUGGCAAACGCUGCGUCGUUGCAGCACAGGUUGGGCCGACGUGGUGCUCUCUCCGUGCAGGCAUACCACUGGCAAGGACGCACACCUUUGAUGGCAGCUGUGCAGUCAGCACAGUAUGAAGCUGCUGCCGCGUUGAUCGCAGCGGGAGCUACGCUGGACAUCACAAAUUCCAGGGGCUGGAUGGCAGCUGAUUUUGCUGAAGGGCAUCUGCUUCCAAUUUUUUUGAAGCAGGGUCUCGCAGGGAAGCGCGAGGAGUGUAAGAGGGUGUCUUCUCUUGCUUUGUCUAACUGCUACAUUUCAGUCUGA